AUGGCUUACGCCACUUACACGCGCUGUGUGCUGUAUUCGCCACUAUUGUCAAGUGUUUAUUGGGUACUCACGGGAGCGCUUGCCGUCUACGUUGUGUACACAGCCAUCACGAGCAAGAGCCAUUUGCUUCUCGAGGCUGCAAGUUGGGAUUGA